AAAAAAAGAGUAACACUCGACGGGCCCACACGCACCAGCAAGUCCAGCACCAGCGCACCACAGCUCCCCUAUCGCGGACGCCGCCGGCCGAAAAAACGUCGGCGUCGGCGUCACCGUCACGGCCCCUGCCCGUGCCCGUGCCCGUGCAGGCCCGUCGUCACACUCAUACAUCUCCUCCCCCUCAACCUCAAGCCCUGACCCUCAGCCGCCUAUAUUUCUACAACCACGUCGGUUUCGCCGGCUCUGCCUCGUCGUGACGUCGUGUGUCCGGCCGAGGAGGAAAGCAACUAGCCAGCCAGUGCCACCCGAUCGAGAUCCGCCGGCCUAUGUCGGAGUCCGGCAAGGCCGACGCGCGACCGAGUGUCGCGCCGGCGCUGGUCGCCGCCGAUGGCGAUGCCGGGGCCGGGCCGGCUGACGCUGGCGGCGUGAGGUCCAUGAUGGAGCGGUGGAAGAUGGACGGCGCGGCGGCGCGGGCGCGGCUGCUGCUCCGAGCCCUGGCGUGGCUCUUCUCCCUCCUCGCCCUCGUCGUUUUGGCGUCCAACCAGCACGGCGGCAGCCAGGACUUCCGCAACUACCCCGAGUACAACUACUGCCUGGGCAUCUCGAUCGUGGCGUGGCUCUACGCCACGGCGCAGGUCCUGCGCGACGUCCACCGCCUCAGCUCCGGGAGGGACCUCAUCGCGGCGAGGAAGGCGUCCGCCGUCGUCGACUUCGCCGGAGACCAGGUCGUCGCUUACUUCUUGAUAUCGGCGAUGUCCGCGUCGGCACCGGUGACGGAUUACAUGCGCCAGGCGGCGGACAACCUGUUCACCGACUCGGCGGCGGCGGCGAUCAGCAUGGCCUUCUUCGCGUUCGUGGCCAUCGGCCUCUCUGCUCUCGUCUCCGGGUACAACCUCUCCAUGGAGGUUCUUGUAUAGCCUGUAAAUCACAACUCUCCAUUUCAUGUGUCACGGCACGUUACCCAACCCCAACAUUGUGCAUAUAAUAUUGCCUCCAGUUGUUAGUUGACCAUUUUUUCUCUAUGAUCAACAAAUUGCUUAGUCAAAGCGGGUGUAUUGGAUUUCAUAUUUUUGCAACCCAAGGUCUGCUAUGCUGUGUGGAA